CAAAACAAGGAACAGUUUCAGCGACAACAGCAGAAUCGAUCAACUGUAGCAGUCACACCAAACUCAUGGCUACCUUCCACGAAGAAGAACCUGUUAUCCUCGAACGUUCUACAAGAACAUCCAGAGGGAAAAGGAUGACAAAGUUGCUUGACGAGGAGGUUGAGGAGGAUGAGCUGUUCUGGAAUCAGGAUUCCCUUAGAGAGGAAGAGGAUGAUGAAAAUUAUAAAGAGGAAGCAGAGGUUGCUGACGAAUUUGAUAGUGAUUUUGAUGAAGAUGAACCUGAACCAGAUGAUGAAGUGGAAAAUGAUGCAAAUGAUAGGGUGCAGACGAAGAAGCGUUUAAUAUACCCGGGAAAGUCUGUGACCAAAAAGAAAAAUAAGAAGAAGGUCCUCUCAAAGUUAGAAAGAGCUCCAGAGGAUGAAAGCUCUCAUAAACAUCAUGAAAACUUGAGUGAACAUCAUGACAUUCCAGAUGAUCCAGAAGGUGAGAGAAUAGUGAGGAAAUCCAUGAGAACUUCAGUAAUUGUAAGGCAAGCAGAAAGAGAUGCAAUACGUGCCGCAUUGCAAGCAACCAUGAAGCCGAUAAAACGGAGGAAAGAAGGCGAGGAGAAGCGAAUGACCCAAGAAGAGAUGCUCUUAGAAGCAGCCCAAACAGAAAUCAUGAACUUGAGGAACUUGGAGCGUGUGUUGGCAAGGGAGGAAGAAGUUAAGAAAAGAGCAGUUGUACACAAAACAUUUUAUAGUGGUCCUCAGAUACGAUAUUCUUCGAGAAAUGGUCAAGUGUUUCUUGAAUUCAGCAAAGGGUUGUCAUUUCUAUCAGAAAGCUGUACAACAUCAGCCUUAUAUCCCCAGAGGGCUAUCUGUGCGGUAACUGGAUUGCCUGCCAAGUACCGUGACCCUAAGACAGGAUUACCUUAUGCAACUAAAGAAGCAUUCAAAAUUAUCCGGGAACGUUAUUCCGAGGAGAAUAAUAGAGUAAAAGGAGAAACCAAGGACAUGGGAGUUCUAUUUGAUUCAAUUUCUGGACAGGGAUUUUCAGGUCGCCGGAAGAGAUCAGUAAUAGAAAAAACAAAUGAAGCAGCAUAUAUGCGAUACUGGGCUCGCUUCCGCAGUAUUCCGGCUCUUGAAAUCCAGGAUCUGGAUUAGCUGUUUCCUAGUAGCUGUUAAUGAAUUCGAAGCAUGCAAUUCUAUCAUGAGACUUGAAAAGUAUAU